GACGUGUCUUUCCAGGUAUGAGCUAACUGUCUGGAAGUCACGAAGUUUCAGAGAAAACGUUAGACGAAGAAUAGCUAGAAAGUCUACCGAUUCCAAUACAAUUAUGUUGUAAAAUACUCAUAACUUGUUUAACGGUAUGCGGAAAGCUGAAGUUCAACUUGGAACUUGUACUUUGGAGCCCCUAUCAGAGAUCGGGCAGUUAUAAAUAAAGAGAUCGUACAGGAUCAGGCAUUCUCACGCCUGGCUGACACCGUUACUAUGUGGGUAUUCGUCGCCUCUCUCAUAUUAGGCCUUCAGACUGUGUCUGGCCAGAGCACUAUAAGAUGGUGCGUAAUCUCCGCUCAAGAGAUGACCAAAUGUAACGCCAUGGCGCAGGCCUUCAACAGUGUGGCCAUCCGUCCGACUAUCCAAUGCGUCAGCGACGCGUCUGUGGAAGGAUGCGCGCAGAAGAUCGGGACAAACCAAGUAGAUGCCUUUUCAAUGAGCGCUAAGAAUAUCUACACAUUUGGGGAAGAAACUAACUUCAAAAUAGCUGCAGGAGAGACUUCUGCUGAUGGAGAGGGCACCACCUACUAUGCGGUUGCCGUGGUGAAGAAGAGGAACCCGGACAUCAACAUCAACACACUGAAGGGCAGGAAGACGUGUCACACAGGGAAGGGACGUACUGCCGGCUGGAACAUGCCCCUGGGAUACCUCAUCGACCAGAGCAAGAUGUCUGUCAUGGGCUGUAACAUCCCACAGGGCGUGUCAGAUUUCUUUAAUGCCAGCUGUAUCCCUGGGUCACAGGGAGACCCUCCCUCUCUUUGCCAGCUGUGUAAAGGCAACAACGGUGGACAGUUCGUAUGUGACAACAGUGACAAGGAGAGAUACUACGCUUACAACGGGGCCUUCAGGUGUUUGGCUGAAGAUGCAGGAGAGGUGGCAUUUAUAAAGCACACCACAGUUAUGGAGAACACAGACGGAAACGGUGACCCUGCCUGGACCACUGGGCUGAAGUCUUCAGACUACGAGCUGUUGUGUAGAGACGGGACCAGGGCCCCUGUGAGAGAACACCGCCGGUGCCACCUGGUCAGGGUGCCAGCCAGGGGCAUCGUGGUUAGAUCUGACAUCAGUGGCCCUGUGGUCUAUAACAUGCUGACAGAGGGACUGACGAAGUCAGGUUUCCCCAUCUUUCAGUCGGGCGAGUUAGGCAGCAAUUUGUUGUUCAGCGAUUCGUCCACAAAGUUCCUGCGGCCGGAGUAUGAUGAUCCUAAGGCGUGGAUGGGCUCCAUCUACUACAGCACUCUCAAAGCCAUGGACUGCGUCCCAGCGGAUAUUCCCCAGUCCCUGCGUUGGUGUGUGUUGUCCAGCGAUGAGCAGCAGAAGUGUGCAGACAUGGCCGAGGCCUUCAGUGCCAAGUCUCUGGUCCCCAGUAUCCAGUGUGUGAUGGGAUCUUCAGUGGACGACUGCAUGAAGAAGAUCCAGAAUAAAGAGGCAGAUGCCAUCACCCUGGACGGAGGUUACAUCUACACAGCAGGGAAAAGAUACGGCCUGGUGCCUGCUGCUGGGGAGAGCUACACAGGGGACAGGAAUGGCAGUAUCUACUAUGCUGUGGCAGUGGUGAAGAAGUCCAACAGUGACAUCACCACGCUGGAGAACCUGAGGGGGAAGAGCUCGUGUCACACCGGCUAUGGCCGUACGGCUGGCUGGAACAUCCCCAUGGGUCUGCUCAUAGAGAAAGGUCUCAUCAGACCUGCUCAGUGUCAGAUACCACAGGCCGCUGGAGGUUUCUUUAAGAACAGCUGUGUCCCUGGUGCCAAUCAGCCUGGUUUCCCUGGCAACCUGUGUGACCUGUGUGUGGGAGACAGCAAAGGGCAGAACAAGUGUGAGAAAGGCAAGGACCUGUAUGAUGGAUACGAUGGAGCGUUCAGGUGUUUGGCCACAGGAACUGGAGAGGUGGCCUUCAUCAAGCAUACCACUGUCUUCCAAAACACUGAUGGUAAUUCAGGUGAGUCGUGGGCCAUUGACCUGCAGUCUAAGGAUUUCCAGCUGCUGUGUCCCCAUGGCUCCAGGGCAGAGGUCACCCAGUACGCCCACUGUAACCUGGCCCGCGUCCCCUCCCACGCUGUAAUGGUACGGCCCGACACCAACAUCUACGCCCUCUAUGGCCUGCUGGACAAAGCACAGGAGUACUAUAGUAGUGACACAGGUUCAGCGUUCAAGAUGUUUGACUCAUCUAAGUACCAGGGCUCUGACCUCAUCUUCAAAGACUCCACUGUCAGCAUGAUCGGAGUGGCCGAGAGGAAGACCUAUGACAAGUGGCUGGGACAGGGCUACAUGGACUCACUUACCAACAUGGAGUGCAACUCCUCUGCUAAAGCACUGUCUUCUCUGCUCCUGGUGGCUCUGAUGAGCUCCAUCUUCCUCUGGGUGUAAGAAGCCAUGUUCCAGCCCCAACCCAGCCCCCUGUCCAAGUUCCAGCCCCCUGUCCAUGUUCCAGCCCCAACCCAGCCCCCUGUCCAUGUUCCAGCCCCCUGUCCAAGUUCCAGCCCCAACCCAGCCCCCUGUCCAUGUUCCAGCCCCAACCCAGCCCCCUGUCCAAAUUCCAGCCCCCUGUCCAAGUUCCAGCCCCCUGUUCAAGUUCCAGCCCCCUGUCCAUGUUCCAGCCCCAACCCAGCCCCCCUGUCCAUGAUCCAGCCCCAACCCAGCCCCCCUGUCCAUGAUCUAGCCCCCUGUCCAUGUUCCAGCCCCAACCCAGCCCCCUGUCCAUGUUCCAGCCCCAACCCAGCCCCCCUGUCCAUGAUCUAGCCCCCUGUCCAUGAUCUAGCCCCCUGUCCAUGUUCCAGCCCCAACCCAGCCCCUUGUCCAUGUUCCAACCUCAACCCAGCCCCCUGUCCAAGUUCCAACCCCUGUCCGUGUUCUAACCCCAACCCAGCCCCCCUGUCCAUGUUAAAGCCCCAACCCAGCCCCUUGUCCAUGAUCCAGCCCCCUGUCCAUGUUCCAGCCCCAACCCAGCCCCUUGUCCAUGUUCCAACCUCAACCCAGCCCCCUGUCCAAGUUCCAACCCCUGUCCGUGUUCUAACCCCAACCCAGCCCCCUGUCCGUGUUCUAACCCUAAUCCAAUCCCCAUCCAUGUUCCAGCCCUAACCCUAAUCCAACCCCUGUCCAUGUUCCAGCCCUAACCCUAGUCCAUGUUCCAGCCCUAAUCCAACCCUAACCCUAGUCCAUGUUCCAGCCCUAAUCCAACCCUAACCCCUGUCCAUGUUCCAGCCCCAACCCUAACCCCUAUCCCAGCCUGAACCCCUGUCCAAAUCCCUAGCCACAUUCCCAGCCUGAACCCCUGUUCAAAUCCCUAGCCACAUUCCCAGCCUGAACCCCUGUCCAAAUCCCUAGCCACAUUCCCAGCCUGAACCCCUGUUCAAAUCCCUAGCCACAUUCCCAGCCUGAACCCCUGUCCAAAACCAUAGCCAAAUUCCCAGUAGCAACACAAAACCUGUUUUCGUCCAGCCCCAUUCCUUACACCAGCCCCAGUAGCCUACUCCCUCUGUAGGGAAUCUCUCCUCUUCUGCCAAAGCACCAGCAAUAACACUACACAUUACCACCCAGCACAUUACCACCCAGCACAUUACCACCCAGCGAACCUCAGCAGCAUUUCCUGUCAUCUUGGAAUCUUUAGAAGAUGAUGUCCGCAUCCCUUCCUGUAUCUGAUUCAUAGCUUAUGAUUCUACUUUAGAUUCAUAGCUUAUGAUUGUACUUUAGAUUCAUAGCUUGUGAUUGUACUUUAUACUACUGUAUGUGUUGAUGCUAGGAUUUGUGAGGAAGGAUAACAUGUUGAAAAUACUAUUUGACUUGGGUCUAAAUUAUGGUCAUUGUUGUUGAGUCAGUGAGUCAAAGUGCUUAUUGAGUCAGUGAGUCAAAGUGCUUAUUGAGUCAGUGAGUCAAAGUGCUUAUUGAGUCAGUGAGUCAAAGUGCUUAUUGAGUCAGUGAGUCAAAGUGCUUAUUGAGUCAGUGAGUCAAGGUGCUUAUUGAGUCAGUGAGUCAAGGUGCUUAUUGAGUCAGUGUGUCAAAGUGCUUAUUGAGUCAGUGAGUCAAGGUGCUUAUUGAGCCUGUCUCUCAAUGGGGAAAAGAUCCCGUCUUCUUUGGUUGAGCUAUAGAGGAUGAAGUCCUUCCCAACCAGAGAUGACGAAGGAUUUGCUAUUAUGCUUACUAACGGUAACUGCCAUAUCAGUGAAUAUGCUUUUACCCGUUACAUACUUUACUAUGCAGUGUUCGUCUCUCCGCAAGGUGUGUGUUGCUUACACGGACUAUUGUGAGUACUACUUAUGAGCACAAGCCAUAUCUGGGAAUAUGGUGUGUUUUGCACAUUCUGCCUUUACUGUAUAAGCUAAUGCCAUAUCAGUGAAUAUGCUCUACUUGUACUACAGGAUGUGUGUUGUGAAAUGUUUUGAAAAGAGUCCAAUAGGUUGGUGUUUUAUUCAUGUUCUCCCCAAAUCCUGGAAAGACAAACAUUUAAGCCAAGACAACUUGCUCACUAUCUGUAUUUAGGGGCUCGAUUCAAUCCGUAUCGCGGGAAGUUCAGCGUUACAGCGUGAAUAGAGGCCUAGAAGUUUCUAUUUGCUUGGCUGGUAAUCAAAUUCUACAAUAAGAAUGAUGUGAACUAUAGCCUACUGAUAAAUAUGGAUUGGAAACCUGCUUGCACCUGAUAUGCACUUGUAUCGGUCAGAACUUUCAUUCUUUAUUUGGAGAGAACAUUGAACAAGCCAUCCUUGUUUUUUGCUUUUGAAACUUAGGUGUACUUUGAUUUUUGUUGAAAAUUAGAGUCAGGUUUAAAUUCUUAUAUUACAUUUCAAUGUUGUACACAUGAGCUAAACUCCAUCAUCUAUAACAAUAGUGAUUAUAAGGAAUGGAACUCUACCCAACUCUGAUCGAGUGCUUCUUGAUUCCUGCAUUGCCACCGUGACAGCGCAUAGUGUUCGUUUUAUUUUUGCUGCUCUCGUGCAAUUUUGUGUUCCUGUCCAGAAUAUCAGCUUGAUUUUUUAAAUGUUUAUUUGAAUGAGAGAUAAGUUUAUAUGAUGCUCAGAUACCAUAUCAGUGUAUAUGUACAGAGUACUGACUCGUUUCUGUCAGAAACAAACGCUUGCCUUCAAAGUCAAAAGCAAAUUUCUUCGAUGAAAUGAUAAACACGUAACUAAUAUUUAGUUGCCAGGCCAGUGCGUCUGCGUAAGUAUUGCUACAAACUGCUUCUUUAAGAAUUCUCUGCUGUUCUUAUUAAAAAUCUGCAUAUGGAA